AUGGAAAAAGGAAAUGAAACACGAAUUUCAAAAUUUCUUCUUUGGGGAUUUUCAGAACAACCAGAAAUGCAGUCCGUCAUAUAUGGGAUUUUUCUUUCCAUGUAUCUGAUCACUGUAUUUGGAAACCUGCUCAUCAUUCUGCUCACCAUCUCAGACUCCCACUUGCACACACCCAUGUACUUCUUCCUCUCCAUUCUCUCCUUUGCGGACAUCUGUUUCACCUCCACAAGCAUCCCAAAGAUGCUAGUGAACAUCCAGACACAGAGCAAAGGUAUUACUUAUGCAGGUUGCAUCACCCAGAUGUACUUCUUAUUGUUUUUAGCAGGGUUGGAUGACUUUCUCCUAAUGGUGAUGGCCUAUGACCGGUUCGUGGCCAUCUGUCACCCCCUCCACUACACAGUCAUCAUGAGCCCCCAGCUGUGUGGACAGUUGGUUCUGGCCUCUGGCAUUAUCAGUGCCCUGCACUCUUUGUUACAAAGUGUGAUGGUGCUGCGGCUGUCCUUCUGUGCACACUUGGAAAUUCCCCACUUCCUUUGUGAACUUAAUCAAGUGGUCCACCUUGCCUGUUCUGACACCUUUCUUAAUGACAUGGUGAUCUAUCUUGCAGCAGUGUUUCUGGCCGGUUGUCCUCUCGCUGGAAUCCUUUACUCUUACUCUAAGAUUGUUUCCUCCAUUCGUGCAAUCUCAUCAACUCAGGGAAAGUACAAAGCAUUUUCCACCUGUGCCUCUCAACUCUCAGUUGUCUCCUUAUUUUAUUGUACAAGCAUGGGUGUGUACCUUAGUUCUGCUGCUACCCACAGCUCACACUCGAGUGCAACAGCAUCAGUGAUGUACACUGUGGUCACCCCGAUGCUGAACCCCUUCAUCUACAGUCUGAGGAAUAAAGACAUAAAGAGGGCUCUUAAAGAAACUCUGGGAGGGAAACUAUGA